AUGGACUCCCCAGCGUGGCAAGCAGGAGAGAUGACAAUCACCAAAUUUCAUGAACUGCUCCGUAUAGACCCUUCCAUCGGCCCGGAGCUGGUAAACGAAUAUCUCGAAGCAAUCAAGCAGUACGACGGGACCCUCAAAUCCCUUAUCAUCAUAAACAGCACAGCCCUAGAAACAGCCAUAGAGAAAGCCACCGAAACACUCACAUUCAACCAAACCAACAAACCAUUCCCACCAUUACACAGCGUGCCCAUAAUCCUGAAAGACAACUAUAGUACCGCAGAUUUACCAACAAGCGCCGGCGUAAAAGCCCUCCAAAAGCUACGGACAAAAGACGACAGCGAAGUUGUCUCCCAGCUACGCGCCGCAGGAGCAAUAAUCCUAGCAAAGGCCAACCUCCACGAAUUCGCCCUGCAAGGAAUAACCCUCUCCUCGCUCGGCGGGCAAACGCUGAACCCAUAUGACAAGACCCGCACACCGGGCGGAUCCUCUGGCGGGACAGGCGCAGCGCUAGCGGCAAACUUCGCACUCGCGGGGUGCGGGACAGACACGAUGAACUCGUUGCGCUCGCCUGCGUCCGCGUGUGGGGUCGUGGGGUUCCGGCCGUCGACGGGGAGGGUCUCGUGUGUGGGGAUUGUACCUGUUUCUGCGACACAGGAUGCGGCUGGGCCGAUGGGGAGGAGUGUUGGGGAUGUGAGGAUUUUGUAUGGGGUUAUGAAGAGGCCGGAUGGGGAGAAGGUGGAUUCUAUGGAGGUAUCUGAAGCGACAUCUCGGACUAGUCGUCAAGUUCGAAUUGGAGUUUUGGAGGCUUAUUUCCAGUCUGAAAUCUAUGAAGAUGGAACUUUGGAAUUGGAGUAUAUCGCCGAGAACCAGAUCGUGCAGGAUAUUAUCCGGUUGAGUUUGGAUUCUAUACAGGAACAGGAUGCAGAUAUCACCUUUGUACCUAUCGCUCCAUCCAGUCAUCCAGACUGGAGUUAUGGAACUUUAUUUGCCAAGGCGGACACGCAGGCUUUCGAGUUCAAGCACUAUCUCGACGAGUUCCUGCAGUCGCCAUUGGUUUCAUCAACACCACAUCGAUCACUGGAAUCUAUUGCCCAGAGCGGCGAGUUUGAUCUACAAGCCAUGACACACGUUUUCUCUGCAGCAUUGGAAGAUCCCGAAACAUUUUCACUAGCGAGUGAGGCAUACCGAAGCCGACUAGAGUAUAUUGCUGCUCUCAAAGAGUCUGUGAAACAAUGUUUUGAUAGAUACGAACUCGACGCGCUAGUAUAUCCGCACCAGACACAGCUCCCUGUGAAGAUUGGCGCGAAUAAGCAGUCGGGACGGAAUGGUGUCUUAGCUGCAUUGACGGGGAGGCCUGCUAUUUGUAUUCCAGCUGGGCAGAGCCCUAAAACUGUGUCUGCUAUGCUUGGCGUUCCUGUUGGGUUGGAGUUGAUGGGCCGGCGUUGGGAGGACGAUGAAUUGCUGGAUAUUGCGGAGCGGGUUGAGGGGGUUCUUAAGGGUAGAGUCAACCCGAUUCUUCAUUGA